CAGAACACAAAAUGGCGACGAUCCAAACUGUUAUUCUAUUGUGUUGUGCAGUGUUUGCUUCAACUGCUACUAUAGGCAACCACAUAAACACCAAACAUGCAUUUAACUUAAAUAAGACCAAUGAAAGAAUCAUUAGUGGUUCUGAAGCAGUUCAAGGUCAAUACAAAUGGCACGUUGGCGUUAAAUACACCUACGUCGGCCAAUAUGGAUUUGCAAGUGGCGCCCUCAUCAGUCCACACUGGGUAUUAACUAGAGCUUACGUAACAUCAAAUAUACAAUUGAGUACUAUUCAAGUUAUCCUCGGAGCAACCCACCGAACAGAGGAGCAAGUUGGGAAGCUCACCAUGACUGUCAAACGCGCUGUCACACAUCCUUUGUACACUGGAACUGUCAAAAACAACGUGGGAUUAUUAGAACUUAGUUCCCCUGUACAAUACAACGACUACAUUGGAUCCAUUGGUUUACCAGACGCUAUGAAUAUUUUACAGAGUGAUAAACAUGUUUGGGUUAGUGGAUGGGGUCCAACAAGUGGAACAGACCCUGAAGGAGAUGCCAGUGAAGUUCUGAAUUUUGUUCAGUUGACAACGAUGACAAAUGAAGAAUGUGUUGAUUUACGUCCUGGUUUGGUUUAUAACAAUGUUGUGUGCGCUGCUGGUCAGAAUGACGAAGCUACAUGUGGGGAGUAUGAUGCAGGUGCUGCGCUUGUACAAUAUAUUGAUGGAAAAUGGAUACAUGUAGGAGUUGCCAAUCAUGUUACUUGUGAAGUUAGUACUUUUAUUCGGACAGCUUCCAUUUUGGAUUUUAUUUAUGAUACAACUGGACCAUUGUAAAAAAUAUUGUUCAAUAUAUUGUUCAAUCAUAUAGUAAAAAAGUAAAAAUAAUCUAAUUCAUCUUACGUCCUAAAAGUUAUAUUUAAUUUAGAAUAAAACAUGUGUCUUCAAUAUAUUGCUCAAUAUACUGUUCAAUCAUUAUGAUCAAAAUUAAUAAAAACGAUAUCUUUGUCACUGAA